AGAUAUUCAGUUUCCGAAUAAUAGCGAUUACUAAAACUACCUUUCCUCUUCGGUCGUACUGCGGCAAAACAAUGGCCACGGUUGUUUGUGCUUCAUUCUUGUUAAUUUGGGCUGUAUUCCUGUGCCACGCUCCAGCGGUCAAGUUGCAGAGAAAAUCGCCCCCCUAUUCAAUAAGGACUCUGGAACAUUAUUUCAACAGGGACACUUUCGGAGGAUACACAUUCAAGUUCAGGAACACGGACGGCACCAGCCGUUACGAGAACGCGAUAUUCGUUGGCGGAGUGCUGUCCGUGAUGGGUACGUACUCCUACAGGGACGGAAACGGAGAUCUCCAGACUGUGAGAUAUGUCUCGGAUGAGAACGGCUAUCGCACCGUGAAGUGUGACAGGGGUUGGAGGAGAAUGAGAAAGGGGCCGCCUGACUCUUUCAUGAACCCACGUCUCGGUGCGAACCGCUGAAUUAUUUCUUGCAACUUUACCCAUACGCAAUCUCGCUCGACUCGAGAAUAAUUUAUUAACUAGUUAACUUCCCUUCUCCUACCAAUGAAAUAGUAAACGCUUCUUAUAAACUUUGGCCUACGGCAAUUUUCUCUGAAUUUUUAAACUUUUGUUUCCAAUUUCCACCCUUUAAUGACAGAGGGAAAUUGUUUAAACGGCUAUCCUUUCCUUACUCUUCAAUCAAAAACAACAAACAAAGAUCAAAAUUUUACAUUAAACAAAAAGCUAUUUUAAUGAAUAAAUGUUCAAUUGAUAUUUUUUUCAUUCUAUUGCUGGGUUUAUAAUAUUGUACACAAAAAUUGUUGUAUGAUUGAUAUUGUCUUCUGCA